CCGUCAAAAAGCGAUUCGCCUCCUCCCAGCCUGUUCGAGACGUCGCAGUCCCUCUUCUGGGCCACGUUCGGCCUCGUGGACCUCUACAACUUCGAGCUGACGGGGAUCAAGGGCUACACCCGCUUCUGGAGCAUGCUCAUGUUUGGCGGGUAUUCCGUCAUCAACGUCGUCGUGCUCCUCAACCUCCUCAUCGCCAUGAUGUCCAACUCGUACUCCACCAUUUUCGCUCGGUCGGACACGGAGUGGAAAUUCGCGAGGAGCAAGUUGUGGAUGAGUUAUUUCGAGGAGGGGGGGACGGUCCCGCCGCCGUUCAAUCUCAUCCCGACGCCCAAGACGAUCUGUGGGCUCUUUUGCCCCAAGAAGGGAUGGGCUCGAGACUCUGUCAAGAAGUCCUUCGUCGUCGACAGAGAGAGAAAUCACAUGGUGGGCUGUUAUUAA